CCGAUAAUUCCGCGUUCCCGACGACCGGGAUGUUUUCUCCGGUUCUCCAUGGAGGCGCGCCCGGCUUUGCCUACUAAGCCAUCCUAGGCGUUCUUCGUCCCCGGUGCGAGCCGCCCCUUGCACGCCCCAACAUCGAUGCGGCAUUGAACGACCGACCGCGUCAUCCCAUCGAGUUCUGUCGUCGAGCAGCGCGGCCGAACUGGGGGGCAAUCCGGGGAAAGGGAGCCGCGGCGCCGCGCACCGGCCGCCUGACACACCGCCGCGGCGCACCAGCAACAUGCUGACCCGAGUCAAGUCGGCCGUGGGCGCCUUUAUGGGUGGAAUCAUGACCGGCGGCGGUUCCGGAGGAGGUGGCAGCCCCGGCUCGGACCUGCCGCUCAAAUUCCCCUAUAUGAGGCCGGAGUUCCUCGGACUCUCCCCGGAUGAGAUUGAGUGCUCUGCGGAUCACAUCGCCCGGCCCAUCCUCAUCCUGAAGGAGACCAGGAGAUUACCGUGGGCCACCGGAUACGCAGAAGUGAUUAAUGCUGGAAAGAGCGCUCUGAACGAGGACCAGGCAUGCUGCGAGGUGGUGGUGGUGAGGAGACGGCCCAUGAGCUACUGCCCCCCCUCGACGCCCAGCAAGACCCCCACGGCCAAGAGACGCAACUCCCUGCCCAACGGCGAAGGCCCGGGACUGUACUUGGAACACAAGCAUGCGGAGGACGAGGGUCUUGUGUUCCACUACUGGGCUUUGUUUGACGGCCAUGCUGGUUCCGGCGCCGCCGUCGUGGCCUCCCGCCUGCUCCAGCACCACAUCGCCUGCCAGCUCCAAUCCGUCAUGGAGAUCCUGCAUAACCUGGCUUCCCUGCCGCCGACCAUCCUGGGCGAGGAGCCCGACGGCAACACGCCGGGUCCUCACCAGCGUUCCCUGACGAGGGCGGCGUCGCUUCGGGGCGCGGCCGGGGCGCCGAGCUCACCUAGCAACACGCCGCCACCCCCGCGGUUCUUCGCCGAGAAGAAGAUCCAGCAUGAGAGCUUGGUGAUCGGAGCCAUGGAGAAUGCCUUCAAAGAGAUGGACGCACAAAUCGAGAGGGAGAAGCAAGGCUACAACAUCACAGGAGGAUGCACGGCUCUCACCGUGGUCUACAUGCUGGGGAAGCUCUACGUCGGCAACGCGGGCGACAGCAGGGCCAUCAUUAUCAGGAACAAUGAGAUCGUUCCAAUGUCGACGGAAUUUACGCCGGAAUCCGAACGACAGAGGCUGCAAUUCCUGGGUUUCAUGCAGCCUCAACUUUUGGGAAACGAGUUCACACACUUGGAGUUCCCGCGGCGGGUCCAGCGGAAGGAGGUCGGGAAGAGGAUGCUCUACCGGGACUUCACCAUGAACGGAUGGGCGUAUAAGACCAUUGAGGACGAAGAUCUCAAAUUUCCGCUCAUAUACGGCGAAGGGAAAAAGGCUCGGGUGUUGGCGACCAUCGGGGUGACGCGCGGCCUCGGCGACCACGACCUUAAAGUUCACGACUCCAACAUCUACAUCAAGCCUUUCCUGUCCUGCCUUCCCGAAGUGAAGGUGUACAACCUCACGCAGUACGAGCACGGCGCUGACGACGUCCUGGUGAUGGGCACGGACGGCCUCUGGGACGUUUUGUCCAAUCAGGAAGUCGCUGAAGCUGUUUCCACCUUCCUUGCCAACUGUGAUCCAGAUGACCUUCACAGGUAUACGAUGGCAGCACAAGAUUUGGUGAUGCGAGCACGCGGCGUGCUCAGGGAUCGAGGCUGGAGGAUCACCAACGAGCGUUUGGGCUCCGGGGACGACAUCUCCGUUUUCAUCAUCCCGCUGAUGUACGGCAAUCGUCAGCCCUGAGUGGCACGCCCCCCCCCCCCCCCCCCCCCCACUUCGAUACAACCCCGAAUCUUUUUUUGCACACGUUUCUGUUGGAGUGACCAGCCAAAAAAAAAAAAAAAUUGUGGUGCAAACAGGAGCUCACAAAAACUGGCUCACCGUUGCCUCUUGAUGACGUAAGCGGCAUUAUAACCCAAGAGACUGCAGCUACACAAUCUGGACGAAAGUUUUGGGACGCAUCAGACAAGUCAGGUGUCCCUAUUGAGUCCAUAUAGUCUAGCUUUUUAGGCGCUCAUAAAAUAAUCGUAAAAUAGAACCUAAGGCUUUUUUUUUUUUCUGACGAAAUGUAGCUUUUGAGAAUCUACAGAUGCUUCCUGGCAUGGAUCCAAAUUGAAAAAACUCAUUCCAUUCAAAUCAACGGCGGUUUUAAGCAUCGACAAUUCCCGGUCGGUCGGACAUCAAACGACUUAAUUGCACUUUAAUUCGUCACUUCAAAAAUGGAAAAAGAUGGGCUCUGUUUUCGUGCAUGCCUCGACUGAAUUUGUAUUCUUGUAACUUGUCGUACGGCUAAAUUGAGUGUCAUUUAGUUUUAGUUGUGCUGACGGCGUUCAUUUUGAAAUAGUUGGGGGGUUCUUAAAGGAGGAAUGGCGGCAUGAUGCUGGAAAUGAUGUGCAGAGGGAAGAACGUGGAAUUUUUUGGGUGUCAUUUUUUUUUCCUCAUAUACGUUCCACGAGAAAUGUAGAAUUUCUUAUUAUGCAUUUUGUGGUCAUCAAAAAGAUGUCUUGAAAGUUUUGGAUCCUUUGACGUGAUUGAAUGUUCACCCUCGCUCGACUUGUCAUUCAGCCUUCAUUUCUGUCCAUUAGACGAAUGUACAUUUUUUUUCUCGCCCUAUUGUGCCACCCAACUUCUGCACAUCAACUCAGGUUCAAUGUUGGGUCGAUAGAGAGCGUGUCCAUCCUCGAGGUUGGCGUCUUGUAUGUAAAUUGGGUUUGCAAAGUUGCUGUACUUGUAAAAAUGAAAUAGCUGUGCUAAUUUUUUUUUUUUUUUUCGGGAUUCUACUUCUUAGCAAAAACAGCCACGGGUGGGAAUUAAAGUGGCCUCGUGACUUUCCUGCUUUGUGAAUGUCGACUGUACCUUUUGUAUAAGGUUCCUCCGGAAGUCCAAAAAAACAAAAAAACAUUUUAAUGUUUACUUAAUUGUGCAACACUGUUGCAGAAGGUGGGACGAAUAAAUAAUUAUUAAAUGUG